UGUUACUUUAAGUGGUUGAUGAUUUUACACAAAAAAAAAUCUUGGCGCAGGCCUUAUGAAGUUUAAGUUCAUAAUGUCAAUCAGCAGAUAGUAUUAAUAACUAAACAGUAACAACAGAAAAAUAUUUUGAGAUCACUAGAUAAAAAAUGGAUCAUUCCAAGUGGACUCCAAGCAAAAAUAAAAUAAACUGUGAAAGCAUUGUGAUGUUAAGUCCCAUUACCAAAACUCCAGUUAGGCAAAAUGAUUUUAGGCUAAGAACUAGUUUUCAAAGUAGUACAAGUAACUUUUCUGUUCUACCAACGCACAUAACACCACCCUCUGGUUUGGCCAAAUUUAUAGCCAGAAAUCCAUUUGAUGCUGAUCUAACGAAUAAGCUACAUAUUUCUGUCAUGAGCCCAUCAGUUUUUAGCAAGGUUGUUACUCCAUCUCAGAAAAGUUCGCCUGGAUUUAUGUGGAGCAUUGAUGAGAUUGCUCUUAUACAACCUGCUAAGAUUGAUGAAUUUCCAAUACAGCAAAUGCAUUGUUCAGAUCCUGAAAUAGAAAAACAUGCUCAAGAAGCUAUCAGUAGGUUUUUUAGUGAAAAUCAAAUUCAUCCUAGUCCACAUGAUGUUAAAAGAAAUGAAGUAGAAAAGAGAGCUGGAUUGACUACGCCAACUCGAGCUCAUGAUAGUAUCAAUGUGUCAAGAGAAUCAUAUAAAUCUAAGAAAGAAAAAAGAGACAGCUGGACUCAGACUGUUUUAUCACUCCCUCCAGAACUACCACCAAAUGUAGAAGAAGCACUAAAACCAUACUUCAAUUUUACGCAGGAUCAGAACUGUGAGAAUGAAGAAGCUAAUUCUAGCAAUAAUUCUUUAAGAAGAAAAUUAUUUAGUAAUCAUGACGACUCUCAAGAUGAAUCAAACAGCUCAAUUGAUUUAUCCCCAGUGAAAUCCGACAACCCUCUGAUACACAAUUUGAGUCCACCACAAACGGGAAUGUUUUUCCAUGGUACUCCAUUACGGGUACGCAUAAACAGUACUAUAUUUAAGAGUUGCUCUCAAAUUGUUCAAAGAACAUUUGGAACUCCAUUGGCAGAAAGAGGCGAUUUGUCUCCUUGUAAUGUUUCACCAAUCAGCAACCCUGCUUUUAAUAUGUCGUGUCAAAGUAUCAAGUCUAAAAAUAAAUCAGUUACAAGACUAGACUUCACAAAAGAUAUGAGUAUUGAAAUUUCAGCAGAAAAUGAUGAAAAGGAAAAUAAAAGAAGUCCUGAAAACGAGAUCAAUUGUAAAACACUUUUUUCCGAUGAAAUCAAGUUAACAGAAAAAAAAACAUAUCAAUAUCAUUUAGAAGCAGAAAAAGAUGAUGAUAUAACUCACAUGGUUGUAUCUGAGAAUUCGUUAAAAUUUAAAUUUGAAGACAAGGAGAAUUUCGCAUUGAACAAUUUUAAUAUCCAUGACAAGUCUAAAUUUACCGAAAUUGGCAAGUUGAAUUUUAGUGAAAGCUAUGCACUUCAACAGAGUAACAUGUUGUCUGGUAACUAUAUACAACAAUUAGGAUUCGGUACAGCUCAUCAAGAUACGGGAUAUCAAACUUAUAGUAGUAGCAAUUUAACAAGUAAUAUGGAUAGCUAUAGUACUUCGAUUAAGCAAAAGUUACAUUGGGAGGAUAAAACUGCUCCAGCUGAUGAUGAAGUUCAACUCUCAGAUUGGAAAGAUAAUAUGAAAAAUAUGAUAAGUUCUACACCAUCAAAGUACAAUAGAGGCAUACAUCAUUUAUAAAGAGUAACAUUAACUUUUAUUGUACAUAACUUUGCAUAGCUCAAUUGUAAAAACUCCACUCGUUUAAAAAAGCAUAUUUUCAGAUUUUGCAUAAUAUAAUGAAGUUGAGGUUUGUCACAUAGAGAACAUAGAAUGAAUUAAAAGAAAUAAUGUAAAAUAAUUUGAAAAGAAACGUGCGUUGUAUUUGUAAUUAAGUUAAUAGCUUCGAGUUCUUCAUUCAGCUUAAAGCUCUUACGUUUCUUUUUUAAGUACUUUUAAUUAUUUUAUCAAUUUUUUAAAUUUGAGCCAACAAAUGGUUAUGAAGUUAUUAGGAGCAAAGGCAAGAUUGUUGACUAAAGUGCCCGAUUAACAUUAAGAUAGGUAGCUAAAAUGAUUGUGAUUCGAAACGUGCAUCGUUUUUUGUUAAAAAUUGCAUGGCUUUUUGCAGUCACGAAUGAGUGCUUAAUAGACAUGUAUAUGUGCAAUUCCGUCACCACUUAGGAUUAAUGUUUUAAAACUUGAAUUAACUUACGUAUUACCGUGAUAUUGAAAUAAUGAUCUUGAGGUAGAUCAUGUUAUAUCAUUUAAAAAAAAGACCAAAACUAAAUAUACAAAUUUAAUGUAUUUUUAGUUAUAAUUAUAAUAUAUUUCUUAUUCUUGAAGUAAUUAUUCUAAUUGUACCUUAAAAUCUUUUGAAACAAGCCAUUAGGCAAUCGAGAGAAUUACAUUAACAAUAUAUAAAAAUAGAAGCGUAUCGAUUAAAUUUUGUAUCAAAUUGAAAUUACGUUACCCAUAACAUGUUAUUAUAAAAAUUUACCUUUGAAAGUAAAUUGGGAAUCUAUAAGUAUUCUGUAGUGUCAAAUUUUUGUGUUCAUCUUGUAUCUACAAGCAUUUAUGUGAUGUUCAUUCUCAUUUUUAAUUGUAUUGAUCUAUUUUACUAAAACUAAUUUCAUCAUAUUAACAUUCAUAUUUCGAUAUUUUGUGAGAAUUCUCGUCCUUUUAGCUACUAAAGCGAGCUUUUGAUUGUAACACUGAGAUAGACGAGAUCGUUUCUGAAUAUUUGUGGAAAAAUAAUUUUAGUGAGUUUAAACAAAAUCAUGUCAAAUGUUAAGCUGUAUUUUUAAAUGUAAAUAAAUUUUUUUUAUUAAAACUAGUAAAA